AUGCAUUCUUCUACAAGUCCGCAUAACUCGGUAGCCUAUUACAAUGGCCAGGUCUAUACAGUCAACGCCACCCAGCCAUGGGCCCAAGCCUUUAUUGUGUCGGCGACUGGAAUCAUCGAAGCAAUAGGCACCGAAGAGGAGAUCCUCGAAAUUGCUAGCUCGCGUAACCUCAUCCGUUACAAUCUUGGUCAACGAUUUAUCAUGCCAGGGAUCCACGAUGCCCACACCCAUCUGCUGCUGGCCAGCAUGCAAGCUAUGAAUGAGUCAUCCAUUGGCAUCGAUUCAGGCGCGAGCGAUAUCGGUCAACGACUGCAAGACGGUGUAUGUGCUUGCUCAUAUCACAAUGUCGCAGGAGACUGGGUGAUUGGGAACUUCUAUCAAGCUAGUUUCUUCCCAGAUGGUAUUCCGGAUCGCAAAUAUCUGGAUUCCAUAUAUCCAACUACGCCCGUACUUGUGCGAGAAGUUUCUUGCCAUCGACUUCUUCUGAAUACUGCAGGAUUGGGAAGAGCAGGAAUCGACCCGGUCAAUGCAGUUGAUCCUCCGGGUGGCUUUUACGUUCGCCGUUACGACGGAAGUCUCACUGGAGAAGUGGCUGAGGGCGCCAUGAGUCAGGUCUUUUCAAAGCUCCCCAUUACGCCCUUGUCUCACGCGAAGCGUGCCUUGGAAUUUGGAGUACGCAUGUGUCUCAAGUAUGGGAUCACAUCCUGUCAAGAGGCCUCCGCCAACUCGUUGUACCUCCAUGCCAUCCGAGAGCUGGAGCUUGAAAACCGUCUCAAUUUAGAUGUAUACACUCAUAUUGUCUGUGCACCGGAGACAUUCGCCAUGGAGCCUCGCGAUAGUCUAGCGGCCUUGCUAGAUGUGGCAAAUGGCUUCCGUAGCAAACAUGUGCACACGAAUUUCGUCAAGUUAUGGCUAGACGGCGCUCCAUUACCGCCACAAUUUACCCAGUGCGAUCUUGACGCACAGGGACGUCCGGAGCAGAAACACAUGGUAAUUGGUUGGGAAUUUUUAGAGGAGGCAGUGACCAAAUAUGAUGCGCGAGGUAUGACCUGUAAGCUUCACGUUGCAGGAGAGGGAUCUGCUCGUGGAGCGCUGGACGUCUUGGAAAGAGUUCGAAAGAGAAACCCCGGUGGCCCGCGGCAUGAGCUGGCACAUUGUAGUGCGGUUCAUGAGGAUGAUAUUCCUCGCUUCGUGAAAAGCCGCAUCACCGCCGAAAUGUCUCCUGCCAUCUUUCAUGAACCAAUUGUCAAUGAGAUACCACACCUUUUCAAAUGGCCUUUCAAUCAGGUCCUAGAAACAGGUGCCCACAUGACGAUCGGCUCGGACUGGCUUUUGCCGGACACUCCAAGCCUUUUCGAUGCACUGGCUGCUAUUGUCGAGAAGGUGAAGAUCUGGCCAGGUGGCCGCAAAAGCUCCGCUUUGGAACUUGGUAAAUCUGAAAAGGAGCGAGGUGGUGAGAUUUUGUGCCGAGUCAUUACACUUAGUGGCGCGGAAGCGGUUGGAGCGCAAGGCCGAACCGGCAGCCUAGAAGUGGGGAAAAAAGCAAAUUUUAUCGCUAUAGACCGCGAUUUAAGCAAGGGAAAUUUUUCUGGGGCGACUGUGUUGAAAACAUGGUUCGAAGGGCGGUUGGUCUAUGACUGCAAGGAAUUUGAGGCUGGUGCGGUUCUCUCGGUCACAAAUAGCAGGUUGUGA